GUGCAGGAGAAGGUCGUAGAUGGGAAAAAUUAACUGUAGGAGAACUUAAAAUUUGGUUAGCGAUUUUAAUAUAUAUUGGUAUUUUUAAAUUACCUAGUAUUAGAGAUUACUGGAAUAGAGAUGAUAGAUUUUCCGAGUACAAAAUAACAACUUUUAUGUCAUUACUUCAUUUUGAGCAA